CCCGCCUCCCGCCCCAGCCCGAGCCCGAGCGAGCGUCCUCCUUGCAGCCGGGCGCCGCCAGCCGCAGCAGCAGCAGCAGGAGGAGGCAGGGGCGCGCGCGGCGCCACGGGGCAGCCCCAGCAUGGAGGGGGGCGCGUACGGGGCGGGCAAGGCCGGCGGCGCCUUCGACCCGCAGACCUUCGUCCGGCAGCCGCACACCGCCCUGCGCCUCGUCUCCUGGGUGUUCUCCAUUGUCGUCUUUGGCUGCAUCGUGAACGAAGGUUACACAAACCAUCAAGACGAGAAGGAAGAGCACUGCAUCUUCAACCACAACCACAAUGCCUGCAACUAUGGCAUCACCGUGGGGGUCCUCGCCUUCCUCAGCUGCCUUCUCUACUUGGCUCUGGACGUGUAUUUCCCACAGAUCAGUAGUGUCAAGGACCGCAAGAAAGCAGUGCUCUCAGACAUUGGAGUCUCCGGAUUGUGGGCGUUCCUCUGGUUUGUUGGCUUCUGCUUCCUGGCCAACCAAUGGCAAGUUUCAAAGCACGAGGACAACCCUCUGAACGAAGGGGCAGAUGCAGCCCGAGCAGCCAUCACCUUCUCUUUCUUCUCUAUCUUUACUUGGGUGGGCCAGGCAUUUCUGGCAUACCAGCGAUACCGCCUUGGCGCCGAUUCAGCCCUCUUCUCCCAGGACUACACGGACCCGAGCCAGGACUCCGGCAUGCCUUAUGCCCCCUACACAAACGAGGAUGAUGCAACAGAUGCAGUGGGGACGUACCAGCAGCCCCCUCCAGCAGAUGCUUUCGGCACUGCAGCACAGGGGUACCAAACACAGAGCUACUGAGCCACCGGUGCUCCCCCCUCCCUCCUCCCUCUGCCCCCUUCCCACUGCCGGCAAGAGGUUGAGGGGCAAAACAGACGUGCAUACCAGCGCCACAGGCGGCCCUCGGCCACACUCCAGCCUUCUGGGUCAUUUGUUUUUAUUUAUUAUUUUUAAAAAGAAAAGAAGGAAGGAAUCCAGCACUUCCUUCCCUUCCCCUGUCCCCCACACAAUUUAUGCACCUGAACUAAACUGUCAGUUCCAGAGCAUGUCCCUGUCUGUGUCCCAUCCAGCGUUCCCUCCUCCCUGUAGGAAAGCCAGUGACAGACAGGCAUGAAGCUUACCCCUUUGGUGGGCAAGGGAGAGUAAGCACGUGUGGGUGAGAUGACUCCAGAGGUGGAGACAGGAGGGGAGAGAUGGCGUGUUUGUGUGUGUGCAAGCAGGCAGAAGGCAAAGAUCAGGGGGCUUGGAGGUGUAGGGUUGGUGCAUGUGUGUAGUGGACCAAAGGAGGGAUAGGAGUGCGCAUGCAGGCAUGUGGGGGUGGGGGGAAUUAGCUGUGGGCAUGGAUGAGUGUGUAAGUGAUCAAGGAGUGAGUGAGCAUGCAGACAUGCCACAGAAGGGGCUGGAGAGGUCCAAGACAUGGGGUGGGUCAUAAAACUCUUCCCCCUACCCCACCAAGCUAUAUACAGGCAAUCUGGCACUGGUGAGAUGGGGAUGCUUUAUUUUUAGAGAGUGUGGGAAGGAGCAGUGUUGAGGAUGGGAGUUUGGGUGGGGGGGGGAACUGAAAGAUAAAAUGGGGUCAAAUUUGCAGGUACAAUCAGAAACCACACAGACUUGUCUGUAGAUUUUAACAAAGAAAGUCAGGUAGUCUGGGCUGGAGGGGCUGUGCCACGAGGCUCCCUCUUUCCCCAAACCCCUUUGUGGUGGAGGCAAGGUGUUUUCCCAUCCUUAUGGAUCAACACUACUGCCGUUAACUAGGCAGGGGGAAAAUAUUGUCAUGGGGAGUCCCCUGAACCAUGCUGUAGUCUCAGCAUGGCAGGAGUUAGAUACAGGUACUUCUCACUUAACAUCGUCCCAGUUAACUUUUUGUUAUUAUGUCACUGAUCUAUUAGAAAACAUAUGUUUAAAGUCGCGCAAAUUUUGGUUAUAAUGUUGUUUGGUCACCACCUGCUAGUAGGUAACUCCUGUGACAUAACUGGAUUCGCUUAACAUCAUUUCACUUAAAGUUGCAUUUUUCAACAAUGUAACCAUGACAUUACAUUAGUGAGGAGUAGCUGUGCCUGAAUAGAUGUUCUCAAGAACUCCCCCUACCUUUGUCCCAGGGGAUUAAAACUUGCAUGGAAUGAGGAGGAAUUAACUGGGCUGAUUCUGGGAAAAGCCAAUUUGAAACCAGAUGGAGAACUUUGCCAGCAGUCCUAGGAAUCCUGGCCUUUGUCCAGUUACGGUUGUGAGGAGAAAAAAAAAACUUAGACCAGGUGGCAUUUCAUAUCUAUAGGCCUAUGGAUUGCCCAUUGUUUUCCCUUUCACUAGAAAGAAUGUCCUGGCAUCGUUGCCUUUGUCUUUCUAACUGGGAGUCCCUUGGGGAGUGGGAACACACUGAUGGGUCUGCUAGCUGGCCUCUGAUCCCUCCUGAAUGGAGAUACCCAUUGAGUCAGAUCCCCAUUCCCUGCAACAACUGGGCUUUCGGCCUGUGCCCCAACUUAUCCCAAAAAUCAGUAGCCUGGAGCAGCAGCACCAUUAGGUGAGCUGACCAGAGAAACUUCUCUGCCCCUGCUGGAACCCUGCUGAGCUUUCCCCUCAGUGAAGCUUAACUUAUGCUUAUAGCUCUUUGGAGGGGAGGGGAAGGCUGAGCAUCUAAGACUUGGUCACCUGAGGUCUUGCUUACAUUGCAGUUGAUAUUGCAGAACAGCUCAUGUGAGCGCUCUUUCAGAGUCUAGAUGAUUUUUUUUUCUCUCAAAAUAAAUACUCAGCUUUGGGAGAGUGCUACUUAUUCCAGGAGAGGUCACUCCUGAACAGUAUGUCCACAGCCAGAGCUAUACUGUGGUAGCCUUCCUCAUCCACCUCCCCUUUGUAAAUGCAUCCUAAGAAAAUGAGAAGCCAGGAUCUAAAGCUAGGUCUUUUCUCUGGCUAUGCAGAGGAGCACUAAGUCUGAAGCUACCAGCCUGAGCUGCACAGUGGUUUUUGAUCCCUGUUGGCUGAAAGGAGAGGGGUCAGGAGCAGAAACAAGGUCUCCCAUGCAGCACUGCCAAGCACUAACCCUCACCCUCCAUACACCCUUAGGAGUGAAGAGCACUUGCCCUUAGGAUGCUGACCCCAGCCUGGUCAGGACCCCCAGCUCCUGCCAGGCUUGGGAGUUGAGCAGGUGUCUGAGAAGGCAAGAUGACACAUCUGGGUUUCUACCUCCCCUCCCUCAACAUGGCUCAACCUCCCUGAGCUGGAGAAGGAAGGGAAAUGGAGAUGCAGUCCUGUAAUGGGGGUAGGAGAAACCGUAUAAGGAGUACCCUCCCAUGUAUAUAUGCACAGCUGUUUUUGUCUGCAGUCUGACUUUAAAGAGCUGUUUCUUUGAAUUGCCUGUGGCACUGCCACAUUUAAGGUGUGGAAAGAGGAAGCUGUCACAAGUGGGAGCUGGGACUCCAGCUGUGGUCUGAUCUAUGUGUACAUGUGUGUGUUGUCUACAGAUCCAUGCCAUUGGCACCCCUUCCCAGUAACCUGCUGUACCUUCUCCAUGGCUAACGGCUAGAGAGGAAAACAGCCCCUUUGCAAGUGAAGCGCAAAGGAACUGGGCAGGCCCUCACUCCAUGGUCCCAUGUGAAAGCAAUACUGUAAAUAGGUUUGGGGGGGAUUUCCUCCAGUCUUCUUGUUGCAGCAGCCUAAUAUUUAGGCUUGGGUAUGCUUUAUCACAAGGGGUUCUUCAUAACAGAUAUGGGAAAUGUCCCUUUUUAUCUACCCCUGAAGGGAAAGUAAGAAGGCUGGAGCCAGAGAGGGUAGAGACCCAAAGUGUUUUCACGAAGUGUUUCUUUUUUUGUUGGAUGCAUCUGUUCUGGCUAGGGUGGCAGAAGGCAGUGAGAUUAAACAGUGGUGUCCCAGGGCAAAACCCCAUCAUAACUUUGGGAAUGAAUCUCUUGCCCAAGCAUUCUCCCUUCACUCUUGUGAGAGACCAGAGACAGGACUGCCCCCAGCAAGGGCAUGGGAUAAACCAGGUCUCUCACUCUUAAACUACAGUCUAGACCAGGGGCAGGCAGUUAUUUUGGGCAGAGGGCCGCUUACAGAGUUUUGGCAAGCCAUCGAGGGCCACAUGGCAGGCAGCUGGGGCAGAUAAAUAUUAAUUUUCUAAGUAUUUUAGGAGCCCUGUGGGCUGGAUAGAAUGGCUUGGAGGGCCGCAGCCAGCCCAUGGGUUACAUUUUUACCACCUCUGAUCUAGACCCUAAUGUGUUGUCUUUUUGGAGGGUAACAUUGGGACUGUUUUAACCUCCCUGUUUCCUCUGGAGCAGGCAGGGGCCCUAAAUUUAUUUAAAGUAGGCCAGCAGGGAGUCCUUAUUCCUCUUCUAUCCAGCUUCUCAAAUCUGAGAUCCCCAAGCUGACUUUCAGGUUAUUUUCUACCUCUCUGUCCAUCUCCUCAUUCUCUGUCAGACAAUUUUUUUUCAAUGGCAAAUGGGCCCUUAUUAAGGUGCCUGCUCUGGCACUUCACUGAGCAUCUUCACCUUUGCCUGAUAGACAGACUCCUUUCAGUGUUAAUAUGCCCCCAUCCUUAAAGAAUGUGGGAUUGGGGAAGACAGAUGCUUGAAGCUUAGAAGGGUAGGAAAAGGAGCAGAAGGGUUUCUAAGAAUGACUAGCAAGCGUUUCCCUCUGGGCUGCUAUUGGCUUUCUCUGGCAGGCUUGCCAACAUGUAUAUACUGAUCAGGUCCCACUGGGAGUGAGGUAGGAAUUCUGGCCUCCUUGUGCACACGCAUCCCGAGCAAGUAAGACUCAAGUUAGAAGCCAUCUCAUAACAGGAGGUGGUGGGGGCAAGAGCUUCACACUAGCUCUAAUUGCUGCAGUCUCCUGAUGAGCACCAGGGGCACAAGGCCUAUCCACCACAACAUGUGUUUUUCACUGAUUCAUGAUACAUCCCCCCCUGUUCUUCCCAGCUGCUCCAUAGCAGCCAGAGGGAGCCUCUGUACCUGAUACUGCCAGCACCUUAUACCCUCGUAAGGUACAAGGGUGGGGAGCCUGGGGAUGCAGGACAGAUGGGUGAUUCCUCUGAGGAGUUUAAUCUCAGUCUCUGGAGAGUACUAAACAGUCCUGGAGGUCAGCUAGGUUGUUUCAUGCAGCAUAUACAAACCAUUUCUCCAGAGAAGCCAACUGUCUCUGUGGCACCUACAACUUCAUCUGGAUUUCUCUGCCUCUCCCCUGCAGCAUUACUGCCUGUGUAUAGUAUAUAUAUUAUAUAUAUAUAAAAAGAUGUAUAAUAUAAAGCUAUACAUAUAUACAUAUAUGUGAUGACUAGUGGAUGGCCUGCUGCAUACAGGAUCCCCAGGGUGUCUGUCUGAUCCUGAAUGUCCCUCCACCUCUGCCCCUACCCAGUAUGUUUUUCUGAAACAUGACAAUGAACCCUGCCUUCUUGGCACCUGUGUUUACGACGUCCUGUAUAUUUGUGGUUAACAAAGUGAAGGUGGUAACUACUGGUGUCUCUUAUUAAUAAAGUUAUGUUGAAAAUAACAAACCAUAA